GCAGUCAAACGGGUUUUAUACUUCGUCGUGUCGAGUUGUGCAUUGAACACUGAAAUGUUGUAUUUAUUUUUGUUUGCCCUAACGCUUCUAAACUUGGGCUGGUAUUACCUGAAGCACCAUUAUCUAUACUGGGAGCGGCACGGCUUUCCGUAUGAUGAAAAUAUCAGUAUUCCAUUCGGUUGCCUCGGCAGCGUCUGGAGAAGGGAGAAGGCCAUGGGCAUGGCCCUGUACGAUGUCUACAGAAAUAGCAAGGACCGUUUUCUGGGCACUUUCCUGCUCUUUCGGCCAGCUAUUUUAGUACGCGAUGCUGAACUGGCUCGUCGCAUUUUGACUCAAGACUUUGCGAGCUUCCACGACCGGGGCGUCUAUGUGGACGAGAAGCAUAAUCCGCUGUCUGCGUCCAUUUUUGCGCUGCGUGGCCAAAGCUGGCGCUCCAUGCGUCACAUGCUGUCGCCUUGCUUCACCUCCGGCAAGCUGAAGGCCAUGUACAGCACCUCCGAAGACAUUGGCAACAAAAUGGUGGCCCACUUGCAGAAAGAGCUGCCCGAAAAUGGUGCCAAGGAGGUGGACUUGAAGGAGGUGAUGCAGAUCUAUGCCGUUGACAUUAUCGCCUCAGUCAUAUUCGGGCUGGACGUGAACAGCUAUGAGCAGCCGGACAACAAAUUCAGAAAAGUGGUUACCGUUGCACGACGCAAUUCGCGCUUCAAUGCGUUGUUUGGCAUGAUGUUAUUCCUGGUGCCCUCUAUCCUAAAGUUUCUGUUUCGCAUUGGCUUAAAGAAUCCCGUGGGAACGGCCAUGUUGGCCAUUGUCAAGGACACCAUCGAAUAUCGGGAACAGAACGGCAUUGUGCGCAAGGACCUACUGCAACUGCUCAUGCAGUUGAGGAACAAGGGCAGCAUCGAGGAAGACGACAGCAAAAGCUGGAACAUUCAAACCUCUGAGGAUGGUCACUUGCAGAGCAUAUCACUGGAGGCAAUUACCGCCCAAGCCUUCAUUUUCUACAUAGCUGGACAGGAGACGACAGCCUCAACGGCAGCCUUUACAAUCUUUGAGGUGGCUCAGUAUCCGGAGCACUUAGAGCGCCUACAAGCCGAAGUGGAUGAGACACUGAAGCAGAAUGGUGGCAAUAUCAGCUACGAUGUGCUAAGCAAGAUGAAGUUCCUUGAGUUAUGUGUGCUGGAAACAAUGCGCAAGUAUCCCGGUUUGCCAAUACUCAACCGUGAGUGUACUCAGGAGUACAAGGUGCCGGACAGCAAUCAUGUAAUUAAGAAGGGCACUCCGGUGGUCAUCUCGCUGCAUGGCAUCCACCACGAUGCCGAAUAUUUCCCAGAUCCAGAAAAAUACGAUCCCAAUCGAUUUGCCGAUGAGAGCAAAAACUAUAAUCCCAUAGCCUAUAUGCCCUUCGGAGAGGGUCCGCGCAUCUGCAUUGCCCAGCGCAUGGGACGCGUAAAUGUCAAACUGGCCAUCGUCAAGAUCCUACAGCACUUCGAUAUCGAGGUGAUGAGUCGACGAGAGCUGCAAUUCGAAAACGCUGGCAUUGGACUGCUGCCCAAGGAUGGCGUCAGAGUGCGGCUCUCCAAAAAGAAAACCAAUUGAGCAGAAUUGUGAAACUCAAAAGGCCACAUACAUGUACAUACAUUGUCUGUCCAUUAUGAUAGCGAAUAUGGAGUUCAUAACAAAUUGAUAGCAGCUAAGUCUUCUUAUCGGCCCCACCAAAUAAUUUGCGUGCUUAUUGUAUGAAUAGAGUCAACACGAUUUUAAUAAAUGCUUGCAAUGGAAUUUUA